GUCACGGGCGGGUCCUAGCAGUGGCCGGGCGGCUGGUGGCGGGCAGCUGGCUGCUGGCGGCGGGCUGCGCCUAGCUAGAAGGGCCGGAUUCUGGUCUGGGUCCGCCCCGUCGCGCUCCGCCCCUCCGCCCCCAGUGCACGGGCGGGCGCGACUGUGGAGCCGCAACCUCCGGGUCAGGCAGGGGCGGCCGGCCUGGAGCCACCAGAUGAGGUCUCUGCUCUAGGAUGGUGGAAUUGGGAGAGGCUCCUUUAACCCUCCUCUGGGAUUCACCCCCUUCCGGAAGUCAUGGAGAGCAUUCUCACAGGGAGCCAGAGCUCCCGCGCCUCUCUGCGCGACGUCCACUCCAUCAACCCCACACAGCUCAUGGCCAGGAUCGAGUCCUAUGAAGGAAGGGAGAAGAAAGGCAUAUCUGAUGUCAGGAGGACUUUCUGUUUGUUUGUUACCUUUGACCUCUUAUUUGUGACAUUACUGUGGAUAAUAGAGUUAAAUGUGAAUGGAGGCAUUGAGAACACGCUGGAGAAGGAGGUGGUGCAGUAUGACUACUACUCUUCUUACUUUGACAUAUUCCUCUUGGCAGUCUUCCGGUUCAAAGUGCUGAUCCUGGCGUACGCUGUGUGCAAACUGCGCCACUGGUGGGCAAUAGCGUUGACGACAGCAGUGACCAGUGCCUUUCUACUAGCGAAAGUGAUCCUCUCAAAGCUUUUCUCCCAAGGAGCAUUUGGCUAUGUGCUGCCUAUCAUUUCAUUCAUCCUCGCCUGGAUUGAGACUUGGUUCCUGGAUUUCAAAGUCUUACCUCAAGAAGCAGAAGAGGAAAACAGACUCCUGUUUGUUCAGGACGCCUCAGAGAGGGCUGCACUCAUCCCUGCGGGUCUUUCAGAUGGCCAGUUUUAUUCCCCUCCUGAGUCUGAAGCAGGAUCCGAAGAAGAAGCUGAGGAGAAACGGGACAGUGAGAAAGCACUUCUGGAGCUCUGACUUCAGCUUCACAAAAUGGGAAGAGCCCCUGCUGAAAGCCAUCUGAGAGACAAGGUGGGAUGGGUCUCCUUGCAAGCUGACACGGUGACUUUGUGGAAGAGCCAAUUAAGGAUUUAUUUAUGGUGAUACCUCGUGGACAUUGCCCCCUGUGAACCACUCAGCCGCCUGCCUGUCUUAGCGUUCCUCUGUCCAGUGAGACGCAGUCACAUCUCUCAAGGAGUAACUGAAGGAAAGUCUUGUGCUGUAUCUGAAUCAAAAGACUUCGUAAUAUAUUGAAAUAACACUUUUUUAGCCGGUGGAAUAGCUUUUUAUUUCAUUUCACAGAAUGGAAUGUUUUGGUUUCAUGUUUCAGAUUUCUUUUGUAUUUCUUUUUUAACACCCUACAUUUCCCUUGUAUUUUUUAACUCAUGCACACGUGCUCUUUGUAUAAUUAAAAAAAAAAUAAAAUCCAACAUAUCAAA